CAGCCUAAGUCCCCGCUCUUCUCGCGAACUUGCGUCGCACCUGCAACGACCAUUGCUCGUUCACUCCGGAGCGACAACCCUCAAUAACAGAUCGCGGAUGAUUGUCUGAGGUCGUGAAGUGUCGUGGCUGUUUUUACCCCCGACAAAUACUCAAAUACCCUUUCCCCCUGCGACAGUUUGUAUUCUCUAUUGAUGUGAGGUCUUCAGCAAGGAUGUCAUCUGAAGAAACACAUAAACCAGAAGACUACGAAACCGACUUCGAUCCGGACGCCUACCUUCGAUUCUACUUUGGAAAAGAAUCUAUCGAAGAUGGCACACGAAUGUCGCUUUUUGCCUUGCCAGUUUUUGCUCACACAAUCAAGUCGUCAAUGGCCCCAGAAGAACGAGAAACCUUGCUCGAUAUAGGAGCAGGACCAACCGUCUACUCGGCUCUUUGCUUUCGUGACGUCGUUAAACGUAUUUAUUUGUCCGACUACCUCUCCAAAAACCUCGAUGUGCUUAAAGCUUGGAAAAACAACACUUCUAUCUAUGACUGGAAACCUACGAUAAAGGUGAUAAUGAGAACAGAAGGCGGACAACCAUUUCGAGAAGAGGAGAUGGAUGAAGUGGAAGAAAAGGCUAGAGGUGCUGUAAAAUGCGGAGGGAUUAUGUACGCAAAUGUGCAUGAUGACCCCGUUGUCCCUGAUAUGAAAGGAAAGCAGGCAAACGUGCUAGUGUCCAUUUUCACCCUCGAAAGCGCCUGCCAGAAUUAUACGGAGUACUGUCAAUGCGUAAAGAACAUGGUGAACCAUCUGCGUCCAGGUGGCCGCUUUGUGCUCGGAUCGGUCCUUGAAGAAGAAUCAUACAAUUCAGGCAAAGGGGUGAUUUUCCAUCUCUUGUACCUAAGUGAAGAUCAGAUUCUCAAUGCUAUGGGAAGCGCUGGUAUCGAUCUGGACUCUGUAAAGAAAUAUGUGCUCAAGGAGGAUGGUGUCAUUUUUCUAAUGGCUAUCAAAAAAUAAGUCUUCCGACCUCUUCACAAUCACUUAGUUAACCCUAUCGCAGAAUUUCAAAACACUCAGGAAUUUGCAACACAGUAUUUGCGCUCAGUAUUGGUGUGAAUGUUUCCUCUGCACACGAUUGCAAUUCGCAUGCAGACUAGUUGGCUCACUUAGGCACCUCUCCUGAUAGAUUGUUGAAUAUCAGUGUAUAGGUCCUUGUUUUGUCUUGCUUCCCGCCCCUUAUUCGAUACUUUGACCACCUCGGUCUACUGGGUACUCUAUUCUACAGGUCUAGGCAUUACAAAUGUGAUCCUGUGUGAAGAUAAAUU